GCUGGUUACUUACAAACAAACACACAAUAUGUCACCAGAUGAAGAACAUAAACCUCACUUCGACGCAUCAGGCACUGCUGAUGUCGAAGAUAAGACCGCAACUGCAAUCUUGAGAAGAAAAAAGAAGGACAAUGCUCUUGUUGUCGAUGACGCCACCAACGACGAUAACUCUGUUAUCACCAUGUCUUCCAACACCAUGGAAUUGCUUCAAUUGUUCAGAGGUGAUACCGUGUCCGUCAGAGGUAAAAAGAGAAAGGAUACUGUCUUGAUUGUCCUUGCUGAUGACGAUAUGGAAGACGGUGUUGCCAGAAUUAACCGUUGUGUUAGAAAUAACUUACGUGUCAGAUUAGGUGACAUUGUUACCAUUCACGCUUGUCCGGACAUUAAAUACGCCAAUAGAAUUUCUGUUUUGCCAAUUGCCGACACUGUCGAAGGUAUCACUGGUUCUCUCUUUGAUCUUUACUUGAAGCCAUAUUUUGUUGAAGCUUAUAGACCAGUUAGAAAAGGUGAUUUGUUCACAGUGAGAGGUGGUAUGAGACAAGUUGAAUUCAAGGUUGUUGAAGUUGACCCAGAAGAAAUUGCCAUUGUUGCCCAAGAUACCAUCAUCCAUUGUGAAGGUGAACCAAUUAACCGUGAAGAUGAAGAAAAUAAUUUGAAUGAUGUAGGAUAUGACGACAUUGGUGGUUGUAAGAAGCAAUUGGCCCAGAUUAGAGAAUUGGUUGAAUUGCCUUUAAGACACCCACAAUUGUUCAAGUCUAUCGGGAUUAGACCCCCAAGAGGUAUCUUGAUGUAUGGUCCACCAGGUACCGGUAAGACCGUUAUGGCUAGAGCUGUUGCCAACGAAACCGGGGCAUUUUUCUUUUUGAUUAACGGUCCUGAAAUCAUGUCCAAGAUGGCUGGUGAAUCCGAAUCUAACUUACGUAAAGCAUUUGAAGAAGCGGAAAAGAAUUCUCCUUCGAUUAUUUUCAUUGAUGAAAUUGAUUCUAUUGCACCAAAGAGAGACAAAACUAAUGGUGAAGUUGAAAGAAGAGUUGUUUCCCAAUUGUUGACCCUUAUGGAUGGUAUGAAGACCAGAUCCAACGUGGUUGUCAUUGCCGCUACCAACAGACCAAACUCUAUUGAUACUGCCUUGCGUAGAUUUGGUAGAUUUGAUCGUGAAGUUGAUAUUGGUGUUCCAGAUGCUGAAGGUCGUUUGGAAAUUUUACGUAUCCACACCAAGAAUAUGAAGUUGGCUGAUGAUGUCGAUUUAGAAGCCAUUGCCGCUGAAACCCAUGGUUUUGUUGGGGCUGAUAUUGCUUCUUUAUGUUCCGAAGCAGCCAUGCAACAAAUUAGAGAAAAGAUGGAUCUUAUUGAUUUGGAAGAAGAAAAUAUCGAUUCUGAAGUUUUGAAUUCUCUUGGUGUUACCAAUGAAAACUUUAAGUUUGCCCUUGGUAACUCUAACCCAUCUGCAUUGCGUGAAACCGUUGUUGAAAAUGUCAAUGUCACUUGGGACGAUAUUGGUGGUUUGGAUAACAUCAAGAAUGAAUUGAAGGAAACUGUGGAAUAUCCAGUGUUACACCCAGAUCAAUAUCAAAAGUUUGGUUUGGCACCAACCAAGGGGGUUUUAUUCUUUGGUCCUCCCGGUACUGGUAAGACUCUUUUGGCUAAGGCUGUCGCCACUGAAGUUUCUGCCAAUUUCAUUUCCGUUAAGGGUCCUGAAUUGUUGAGUAUGUGGUAUGGUGAAUCUGAAUCUAAUAUCCGUGAUAUUUUUGAUAAAGCCAGAGCUGCAGCUCCAUGUGUGGUUUUCUUGGAUGAAUUGGAUUCUAUUGCCAAGGCCAGAGGUGGAUCUCAAGGUGAUGCUGGUGGUGCUUCUGAUCGUGUUGUCAAUCAAUUAUUGACAGAAAUGGAUGGUAUGAAUGCCAAAAAGAAUGUCUUUGUUAUUGGUGCCACUAAUAGACCUGAUCAAAUUGAUCCUGCCUUGUUGAGACCAGGUAGAUUGGAUCAAUUAAUUUAUGUUCCAUUGCCAGAUGAAACUGCCAGAUUGAGUAUUUUACAGGCACAGUUGAGAAAUACUCCGUUGGAACCAGGAUUAGAGUUGAGUGAAAUUGCUCGUAUAACCCAUGGAUUCUCGGGUGCCGAUUUGUCAUAUAUCGUUCAAAGAUCUGCCAAGUUUGCCAUUAAGGAUUCCAUUGAAGCCCAAGUUAGAAUUAAUAAGGAAAGAGAACAAAAGGAGAAGGAUAAGACUACAGUCAAGAGUGAAGAUGUUGACAUGAAGGUUGAAGAAGAAGAAGAUCCAGUUCCAUACAUAACUCGUGCUCAUUUUGAAGAAGCCAUGAAGACUGCCAAGAGAUCUGUUUCCGAUGCUGACUUGCGUCGUUACGAUGCUUAUGCUCAACAAUUGCAAGCUUCCAGAGGUCAAUUCAGUAACUUUAGAUUUACUGAAGGUGCAAAUGGUACUGCUGCUGAAGGUGCCGAAGGAUCCGGGGCUGCAUUUGGAAAUGCCGAAGAAGAAGAUGAUUUAUACAGUUGAGAGAAAGAAAGUUAGUUUAGUUCUAUAGAAUUCCUUUUUUUUUUUACUGUGUAUGAGUUUAUAACUCAAUCUCUAUUUUCAUUGUUAUGAAUAAUUGUUUUGUUAAUUCGAUAAAAGUAACUUUG